AGAGCAGCUGGAGGGGCACAGGCCAAGGAGGAACACCUGAUCCGGUCUGCACUUUUUGUCAGAGGCUAUAUUGGAUCACAUGUUCUGCUCACUUUGUUCACCCUGAGUGCAGGGUUAUCAGGAGAAGAAACAUAGCCCCUUCUUAGCCAUUGCUAUGGGAAAGUGGCAGGAAAUGACAAAGGAGGAGCUGGAGACUCAGUAUUCCCCUAGCAGGUGGUCUCCACGGCUGGAUAAGGAUGCUGUGAUUGAGGCGCACAUAAAAGCAGUGACUGAAGGUACUCAAAAUGCCCAAGCAUUCACCCAAACUCUGCUGAAUGUCCCCUAUGGCUCCGGUGAGGGAGAGAAACUGGAUGUGUAUCUUCCUAAAAAACAUGUUGAAACCUUUCCUCUGGUCCUCUACAUUCAUGGUGGCUACUGGCAAAGCUUGAGCAAAGAUGUUUCUGGCUUUGCUGCACACCCUCUAGUGAACCAAGGCAUUGCCUUGGCUGCAAUUGGCUAUGAUGUGGCUCCAAAAGGCCAGCUGGAGGUGAUGGUCGAGCAGGUGCGGCGUAGUGUGGCUUUUGCAGUUCAGCAAUACACAGGGAUCAGCGGUGUCUACCUGCUUGGACACUCAGCAGGAGCCCACCUGGCAGCCAUGGUGCUCUCCACAGAUUGGGCAAAGUUUGGUGUUGAGCCAGACAUCAAAGGUGCCUUUUUGGUGAGUGGCAUUUAUGACUUGGAGCCCAUCACACACACCUAUGUUAAUGAUCUACUACGGAUGAGCUGGCCUGCCCAUCUGUCAAAGUCUGCCUCCUUUUCAGCACCGCACUAUCUCAACCGUGUGUUUUCUUUCUUCAGUGCAGUGGCCCGACAGAAUAGCCCUUUGUGGUGUGUGCCAAAGGUGAAAGGUAACAAAGCUUGUCAGAUACUCAUUGCAGUAGCCCAGCACGACUCACCUGAGUUCCGCAGACAGUCUCAGGAGCAUUGUCAGGCUCUUCGUACAGCAGGUUGGAGGGUCUCCUUGCUAGACCUUGGAGACACAGAUCACUUUGAUGUCAUUGAGAAGCUCUCCCAGGAGAACUAUCUCCUCACACAGGUGAUUUUGAACAUGAUUUCAAGUGGCUGAAGCCAGGAGAGGAACAAAGCUAUCUGCCUGCUGUCCCCUUCUCCACUGCCUUUCCAUCAUGCUCUUUUAGGUCAAACAAGGAGUGAGCUUCCUGCCCCUUUCCUUUCUCAGCUGCAGAUGUAUUGAGACCAGAGAUCUGCCCCUGGAACUGUGAAACAGCCCUCCUCUGCUCCCACACUGUGACAUCUAUUAUGGCAUGAGAGAUGAGAACAUUAAAUAAAACCAUAGCCAAUUGCAUCUUUAUCGUAGCUGUAAAUCACCUGGCACACAGGAUGCAGCCUGGAAAUGAAUCUGUGAGAUUCAGGCAAGAUAAAAUUGCUGCAUAAAUUACCACUUUUCUUUAUUUCACUUUAGUCUCAAACUGCAGGUGAGUUUUCUUCCCUUUGAACAGCAAUUGCAUAUUUGAUGUUCUGGGAGUGCAUAUAAAGCCGUCUUAUUCAGAGUAGUAAAACUAUGGUAUUAGCUCAGUGGUAUCUGUUCUGAUUUGCAGUGGCUCCCUGUACAUGUGGAGGCUAUAUAUGUCUUCAUAAAAAGGGGAAAGAAUCAUUUGGGCCAUUUUCCUCCUACCUCAAAGCAAUUUUUGUUGGAAAAUUACUGUGGCUAAUUUCCAGUUUAGUUUGCACCCAGCACAAUCUUAGUUAAUCCCUACAUCUAGAUCAGAGCAAGGACACAGCCACUCAAGUCAGCUAGCAAAAAUAUACUUGAUGUCUAUGUAUUAAACAUUAGCAAAGAUCAGGAAGAGUUAACUGGCAAAAAUGGGAUCAAAAGGGAGAGAGAAAAACAACAACAAGCAAGAAUUUAUAUUUACAGUUGGACCGCUAAACUGCAGCUCAGGGUGUGCUUACCAGAGAACAAUGGAACUGUAAGAAAAAAACUAAUACAUUGCAUAGAAUUAGCCUGGACAGUGGGCUUAUGAUGUAUUUUUCUUUAAAUAUCACUUAUAUUUUUGCUGUAUAUUGUGCUCACUCUCCUUGGCAAAUCAUGUAAU